GCUGGGCCCCGAGGAUUUCAUCCGGACGCCCACGGGGCAGCUCUUCGUGACUCCGAGGGUGCGGAGCGGGGUCCUGCCCCGGGUGCUGCGGGGGCUGCUGGCCGCCAGGAGCAGGGUGAAGGCGGCGCUGGCGCAGGAGCAGGACCCGAGCUGGGAUUUUUGCGGGGAUUUUGGGGAUUUUGGGGAUUUCUGUGCGGAUUUUUGCGGGAAUUUUGGGAUUUUUGCGGGAAUUUUGGAUCCCAGCUGUUCCCAGCUGUGCCCAGGUGCGCUCACCUGCCGUCCCCGCAGGGUGAAGGCGGCGCUGGCGCAGGAGCAGGACCCCGAGCGGCGGCAGGUGCUGGACGGGCGGCAGCUCGCGCUCAAGGUCAGCGCAAAUUCCGUCUACGGAUUCACCGGAGCGCAGGCGGGAAAACUGCCCUGCCUGGAGAUAUCGCAGAGCGUGACCGGCUUCGGGCGCCAGAUGAUCGAGAGAACGAAGCAGCUGGUGGAGAGCAAAUACCCGGAUGUGCAGGACCUGCGGGGCAGUGUCCAGCGGCUCUGCGCGUUCCUGGGUCGCCGUUUGAGCGCGGCCGCCGUGGACGCCGUGGUGGCCAACGCCUCCUUCGGGGCCAUGAGGGAGAACCCCAUGAGCAACUUCAGCCGCAGCCCGGCCUUCAUCCUGGACCCCCGGCGGGGACCCUUCCUCAGGAAAGGAAAGGACCUGCGGGGCAGUGUCCAGCGGCUCUGCGCGUUCCUGGGUCGCCGUUUGAGCGCGGCCGCCGUGGACGCCGUGGUGGCCAACGCCUCCUUCGGGGCCAUGAGGGAGAACCCCAUGAGCAACUUCAGCCGCAGCCCGGCCUUCAUCCUGGACCCCCGGCGGGGACCCUUCCUCAGGAAAGGCAUCUCCGGGGACUGGCGGAACCACCUGAGCGCGGAGCAGAGCCGGCGCUUCGAGCGCGUUUACCGCCAGCGCAUGCGCGGCCUGGGCGUCUCCUUCCCCUGGGAGGAGCCCCAGAAUCGGGGGAAAUCGCCCCAAAAUCGCGAUGGGGAACCCCAAAAAACGGAAAGAUCGACCCAGAAAACGGGGGAGGAGACCCAAAAAAUGGAAAAAUCGACCCAAAAUCGGGGGAAAUCGCCCCAAAAUGAGGAAGAGGAGACCCAAAAAGGGGGGAAAUUGACCCAAAAUCGGGGGAAAUUGCCCCAAAAUCAGGAUGAGGAACCUCAAAAAACAGAAAAAUCGACCCAAAAUUGGGGGAAAUUGACCCAAAAUGAGGAUGAGGAGCCCCAAAAAUGGGGGAAAUCGCCCCAAAAUCGCGACGAGGAACCUCAAAAAAUGGAAAAAUCGACCCAAAAAACGGAAGAGGAGCCCCAAAAAAUGGAAAAAUCGACCCAAAAUUGGGGGAAAUCGCCCCAAAAUCGGGAUGAGGAACCUCAAAAAAUGGAAAGAUCGACCCAAAAAUUGGAAAAAUC